GAUACAGAGCGACAAGCUCUACAAGAAGGACUACCACAAGGCCAAGCUGAAGUAUCACACUCCAGUGGACAUGCUGAGUGUUACUCACGCCAAACACGCAUCAGCAGUGCAGACCUACAAGGGCUACAAGCAGCAUCAUCACAACUACUGUCUCCUCCCUGAUGCAAUGGGUCUCCAACUGGCCCGCAACAUGAACUUCAAUUCCAGUGACUUCAAUUAUAAAAUGGAUUACGAGACCUGUGUGAAGGGAAUCGGCUGGGUCCCCAUUGGUUCGCUGGAUGUGGAAAAAGCCAAGGCGGCAGCAGCAGCUCUGAAUGAGAAAAAGUACCGGCAGCACCCUUCAACCAUCAAAUUCACCAGCACUCCUGACUCCAUGAGCAUGGAGCUGGCUAAGACCAAUGCCAAGAUACUGAAUGUGAAAGAUUAUAAAGCCAGUGGAGAGAAGUUCAUGCACACCUAUCACCUCCCACCUGAUGUCCCAGAAUUGAUGCAAGCCAGAUACAAUGCUGUCAACAUCAGCCAGAAUUACUACACCUACGCUCACCGCCAAGAUCUGCUGAAGGGACAUCACGUGAAGGAAGACUCUAUACCCGUUGUUGCUGCAAAGUCUUCAAGAGACAUUGCCAGUAAUUACAAGUAUAAGCUGGCCUACGAGAAGGCAAAGGGCCACCAUGUUGGUACCCGCAGCCUGCAGGACGAUCCCCUCCUGGUCCACUACAUGCAGGUGGCUAAGAUACAGAGCGACAAGCUCUACAAGAAGGACUACCACAAGGCCAAGCUGAAGUAUCACACUCCAGUGGACAUGCUGAGUGUGGUCCAAGCCAAGCAGGCCUCGACUGUUCAGACGAUGACGGGAUACAGGAAGGUCCCCCACAGCUUCCUCCUGCUUCCUGACAACAUGCACCUGCAGCGAUGCCGCAACAUGAUGGAGAUUCAGAGCGAUAAUGUGUACAAGUCUGACUACAACAAUUACUGCAAGGGUAUAGGCUGGGUUCCUAUUGGUUCUUUGGACGUGGAGAAAGCCAAAGCUGCCAAAGCUGCGUUCGAUAACAGGGGCUACCGCCAGCAUCCCAGUUCUUUUAAAUUUACAAGCAAGACUGAUGCCAUGAACAUGGCUCUGGCUUUGACCAACACAAAGCAAAUGGACCACACUGCAUACAAAGCCUCUGGUGAAAAAUUCAUGCACACCUAUCAUCUGCCUGCUGACAGCCCAGAGUUCCUUCAGGCUAAGUUCAACGCCCAGACCGUUAGCGAGAGUCACUACAAGCACAAGUGGGUGGAGGAUAUUGCCAAAGGAUAUGACAUGAAGGCCGAUGCUAUUUCUAUUCUGCAUGCUAAACAUGGCAGGCACAUUGCCAGCAACGUCCAAUAUAAGAAAGAAUAUGAGAAGGCAAGAGGCCACCAUGUUGGUACCCGCAGCCUGCAGGACGAUCCCCUCCUGGUCCACUACAUGCAGGUGGCUAAGAUACAGAGCGACAAGCUCUACAAGAAGGACUACCACAAGGCCAAGCUGAAGUAUCACACUCCAGUGGACAUGCUGAGUGUGGUCCAAGCCAAGCAGGCCUCGACUGUUCAGACGAUGACGGGAUACAGGAAGGUCCCCCACAGCUUCCUCCUGCUUCCUGACAACAUGCACCUGCAGCGAUGCCGCAACAUGAUGGAGAUUCAGAGCGAUGUUAAUUACAAGUCUGAAUGGAACAGUGACAUCAGAGGUAUUGGAUGGGUACCUAUCGGGUCACUUGGAGUUGAAACAGCUAAAGUUGGUGGUGAAAUUCAGAGUGACAGGAAGUAUCGCACGCAUCCAUCCAGUUUCAAGUUCAGCAAACUGAUGGACUCCAUGGACUUGGUUCUGUCUACUGCCAACAACCAGAUCAUGAACAAGAAAGCUUAUACUGCAGCUUGGGAAAAAGACAAAUUGAAAACCCACGUCAUGCCAGACUCUCCUGAGAUUCUCCUGGCCAAGGCGAAUGCUCUAACCAUGAGCAAUAAACUUUACAAGGCUGGUGUGGUGGAGAUGGCCAAUAAGGGCUACAACUUGAAAGCAGAUGCCAUUCCCAUUAUAGCUGCCAAAUCUGGUACUACUAUUGCCAGCAAUUACAAGUACAAGUUGGCUUACGAGAAGGCGAGAGGCCACCAUGUUGGUUUCCGCAGCCUGCAGGACGAUCCCCUUCUGGUCCACUACAUGCAGGUGGCUAAGAUACAGAGCGACAAGCUCUA